AUGGCCUCUAACAACAAGAUGAAAGGGUUGCUAAAAGGUCUUAAGUACUUUACUCACAUAUUUGAAAGUGAAAAAGAGCCUGAAAUGCAGAUUGGUCUGCCAACAGAUGUAAAGCAUGUGGCUCAUAUAGGAUGGGAUGGUCCAUCAACAGUACAGUCAAAACCCACCUGGAUGAAUGAGUUUCAAACACCUCCAGGAGAGUUUCAAACACCGCCUUUAGCUCUUGCAGGAGAAGUUGGUACAAAGAACAAAAUAUUUUGGUUGCAUCAUUUGAUUCAUUUCCGAAAAAGUUCAAGGGGUAAAAGUUCUGCAGCGAAAGACACACCACAACUGCCUAAAUCAUCGAAGCGUACUGCUUCAAUCACAAAUGGGAAUGGUGUGCCUUCAACAAAGGAUAAAGCAGAUAAAUCAAAGCAAUCAAAGAAGAUUAAAAAACCCAAGGAGUCGAACCAAGCUACCGAUUCGGCCUCAAAAGAGCCAAAGAAAAGUAAACGAAAGAAGGUGAAAGAGUUGGUUGGUGAAGGAAGCUCGAGGCGGUCCAGAGCCACUGAAUCGGAUACUGUUUCUGAGGCAGGGUCCCAAUUUAGUUAUGCUUCAGAUUUAAUAGACGGGGAUGGCACUUGAGUUGAGAUGGAGAAAGUUAAUUUUUUGUUUUCCUCUUCUGGCUGGUACUAUAUGAAC